AUUAAUUGUUCUUUCUUCCAAGAUCUGAUAGCACUUUCACUAACACCUGCAUCUUUGGCAACUCCAAGAAAAGGCUGGGGAAAGCAGAGGCAGCACGAUGAAAGCAAAAGAAGGGGUCCCACUCCUUAUUAUCAGUGCAGUGGUAGCAGCUGUUCAUGCCCUUUCAGUAUUAGGACCUUCAAAGGCAGUGAAAGUAGAAAGAGGAUAUAAUGCCACCCUACCAUGCAACUUCAAAAGUAAUGCUGUUCCAGAGAAAACAGAUUCUGUUUUUUGGAGGGGAAGGUACCUAGGAAGCUCUCAUAUGGAAGAAUUUGCUAGGAAGAAGUUUUCUGGUACUGAAUUCUAUGCAAAACCUUAUGAAGGUCGUUUAAGAUUCUCUCCCAGUUUAGAAAAUGGUGAUGCUGGAAUCACAUUUAAUGAGGUGAUCAUGGAUGACAAUGGAACCUAUGAAUGCAUAGUGGAGAUAACGCAUGAUUACCCCUCAAGAAGUGCCUACAUAGAACUUUUCGUCCUUGUGUCUCCAUCCGAGCCAGAGUGCAACAUUUUAGGGACCCCAGAAUAUGGUCGAAAUAUUAACCUGACUUGCAAUUCUGAUGAAGGAUCCCCGAAGCCUCAGUAUACCUGGCAAAGUUACAAUACACAGAAUGAAAACCGACCACUUCAAGGAACAACCAUAGGAGGAGUGCUAAUGCUGAACAACAUUUCUGCAGACACCACUGGAUACUAUAUCUGCAUUUCCAAAAACACUGUUGGAGAAGCUACAUGCAACAUCACAGUUGCUGUUCGACCUCCAUCCAUGAAUGGUGCUCUUUAUGCUGGAGUCAUUGGUGGGGUCUUUGCUGCUGUCAUUAUUAUAAGUGUCUUGGUUUAUUGUUGUUGCUGCAGGAAAUCAAAGAAUAAGGACUAUGAGGCAACGGAGACAGAAAAUAAGUUCCAACCUCAACAUGAGAUUGUUCGAAUCCGGGGACCCUCCAAAGAAGAGAUUCAGGAUGAAGGGAAGGAACUGCAAAUGUGAUUUAUGUUCCAGUAACCCAGAGGCAAGCCCUUCAGCAAGGAAGGAAGGAAG